AUGUCGCGCAACGACGAUGAUCGUCAGCCCACUUCGAGCUCGAGCCAGGAAGGGAGGCAAGAGCCGGAGCAGGCUCAGGCUCAGGCUCGGGCUCGGGCUCAGGUCCAGGCCCCGAGAGCAAGCGGAUCCAUUCCCGAAGCUUCCGCUUUCGAUUCCAGCUCCAGCCCCAGCCCCAGCUCAAGCUCGACGUCGGAGCCCAAAUCCACGCUGGCCUCGCGUCGUCUAUCCGCCCGCAAAGCGCUUCGACCAACGUCUUUCAGCUGGUCAGCUCCUCAAUCCCUCAUGCAUCCCACCGCUCCCUCGGAGCACGCCCCGCUUGCUCAACGCGAAAAAUAUUUCCGAAGAAUCAAUCGUCCAGACUUGCCCUUUGGACCUGCUCCUAACAGGAGACAACGCGGUAUCGCAUUGGCUGCGUAUGUAAUCGCUACGGCAGCGGCGGGUUACAUGACCCUAUUUGCAGACUUUGGAGAGGAUGAGCAUGUGUUCAUGCCGGUGAGUUGGUUUGCGGGCUGGGCGCCGCGGAUCUCACACACAGUCGCGCAAAGUAAAUUCUUGGCUCACCAAAAACAUCUGUGCUUCUCCUCCUCUACAUCUUUGCAGAUCCGACGCAUGAUAGGUCUGCAGCCGCCUGUAGAUGCGCACACAAAGCCUCUUCGAGGUCGAAGAGGGGCGCCUGCAUCAUCCAGCAGCAGCUCCUCCUCCUCAUCUGCUUCAUCCUCAAGCUUCAGCUCGAACGUCGAACAGGCAGGCACAAACGCAGCUCCCAUUGCCAAUUCGCACGCUGCAGUGGAUGGAGCGCUAGGAACUUCUUCCUCCGCUCCAUAUGCCGGUAUUUUUUCUCUGCGCAAGACCCACUCCGCUCCCAGUCCCAGUCGCAGUCCCAGCGCCGAGACGGGGCGUGCGGAUGCGAAAGGGCAAUCCUCGACUGCUCUGGACCGGACGGAUGCAUUGUUGAAAGAGAGGGAGAAGGAGUUAGAGGGGAUGUUGAGGAGGAAUAAAGAGGGUGCAUCAGGGACGAAGAGUUGGACAGAUUCGCUUGUGCCGAGCAGCUUGACCGCUUGGUGGCGUGCCAAUGGCAGCGGCGGCAGGAGCGCUACCGACGAUGAUACCAAAGAUGCGUCGCCUCAGACCCGAGCAAAGGUCGUUUAG